AUGUAUUCUCAACACGGGACUGUGGAGGCUAUUCUGGCCUUCUAUCAACAACUCAUCAAACACCCGUACCUAGAUGAAUCGGCUCUCAAAAUUCCUCCAGCCUCUGGUUGGGACACUGUGGACGCAGAGACUCUACAAGCUCUGGGAAAGACUGACGCUGUAAUUGAUCUACUACGCCAUCUGCCAUAUCUUGAUGGACGCGGUGAUGGCUAUCUCAUAGCAUUUGAGACCAUCCCAGUCGACUUUACUGAAACUUCGACAGCGAUGACUGAAGAAGUCUAUCCUAUCCCUGGCCACUGCGUCUAUCUUACCGAGGGACUGGGCCGUGAAGGGUAUCGUCUGAUUCUUGAUACGGAGAGAGGCACUACAACAGCUUUCAGCAUCAUGGAAUAUGAGCUCUCAAUGUCCGAGAUCGACAAAUACAAGCAUCUACCUGAGACGGAACAAUGGAGAGCGCACCGCACCCUUCCAACUACAGAGUUCUUCGCGGGCUGGACGCUACGAUACGAGAGGUUGGUGUGGUUCAUGUCCCCUCGUCCGUAUCUGGCAGCAGGAACCUUCCACUCUAGAGUAGACUAUUGGCAGCAAGAAGAAGAACUCUGCCACCAAGAAUUGACCAAAUGGAGCCCCGAUCUAUCUGAAGCCGAGAGAAUCGAAGACGAUGACGUCUAUAACACAUAUCUUCGAUAUGGUUGGGGAAGCGAGAGUUUCGAUAAGCAGGCUUGUAGAGUGGCGUUGUUGGAGCUGGAGAAGGAUUUCAGAAAAGAGCGAAGGCGCCUGAUGGAUCUGAAUGAUCCCGACGCUGACAUGUUCGACUAA